AUGUCUCAACUCCUCUGUAACGUCGACAGCAUCAUCCGUGCCUUUGACAAAUAUGCAAGGAAGGAUGGAGACGGCAGCACGCUCAGCAAGGGUGAGCUGAAGCAGCUCAUCCAGAAGGAGUUUGCCGAGGUGAUCGUGGAUCCGUACGAUCCCAAAACAAUCGAGACAGUGUUGGAGCUGCUAGACACAGACUGUGACGGCAAAGUGGACUUUGAGGAGUUCACCGUCCUGGUGUUCAAGGUUGCAAGGGCCUGCUACAAGAAAGCUCAUGAGCCAACUCAAGAGCGGCAGUUGACAGAACAGAGAACAACCCAACCAUCAUCCCAAAAACCUCAGAUGAAAGAGCAGGGUCCCAUUAGCCAACAAAAAGUACAUCAUUCCAGAAGCUUUGUGGGUCAUCCAGAUGCCCAGAAUCACCCAGAAGAGGCCAUCCAGAAUCAAAGAUUGAUCAGCUGGAUAUCAGAACAUCAGAAGAUUCUGGAGAACAAUGUCAGGCCAUCUGUCCUUGAGCUGAAGCUGAGCCAGAAGUAG